GUUUCACUGGCGGCGCGCCUAGGGGCGCUUCCAGGGCUUUUUGAUGCAGUCGCUUCGGUCAUGCUUUCAGGAGCUCAGCGGCGGUAGACCGACGGUACCUAUCACACGUUUCCGCGAAUUCUUCGGCAAAAUCAUGCCUAAGGUUAGCAAAGAAAGCCUGGAGCUGUUCAUAAGGCCGUACCUGGUGAAUGGCGAUGAGGUUGACCAUAAGCAGCUGCUGGAGUCGCUGAUGUGCGGCUUAGACGAGGAACGCGACCGGCAACUACAGGCUGCGCAGGAUGAAGUUCGAUCGCUGAAGGGCGCCCUAUCGCGGCAUCCCUUGGAGUUUACCGUGGGGCAGUACAACAUUUUGGCCGGAUACAUGGGGAACAACAUGGAACCCUGGUUUCUGUAUGGCAUCGAUAUGCCUCCUGAGAAGAGAAAGCAGGUCUUCAAGCUGCACGGUGAGAGAAAAGCAGAUGGAAAGCCGGCCAAUCCGGGCUGGCCCAACUAUGUGAAGGGAAUUUUGACGCCAGAGGAGAUUCAGAAAGUAGAAGAAGAGCAUCAGAAGAACUUCGCUUGGGAAACUCGAAAAGACCGACUGCUUGAUGUUAUCGGAGAAAUGGAUGCGGAUUUGCUCUCGCUAGUUGAGUGCGACCACUACGAGGAUCAUUUCAAGCCUGCCUUAGAGCGCUUGGGCUACGGCUCCACGUGGCGCAAGCGCCCGCGUCCCAGCAGCGCGGAUGGCUGCUGCCUGGCCUGGCGACGGCAACUCUUCGACCUCGUGGCGGAGGAGUCCGUCGAGUUCGUAGCUGGGUGCUGGCUCCGGGAGAGCGGCAGCUGCAG